AUGGCUUCAAAGAACGUAGAAGUCGCGGUGGCAGGCAAGCAAUCGCAUCUCCAAAACUGGAUCAACGACCAAUCAUCGAAUUCACAUCCAAGCUCACACUUCGAGCUCGGCUUUGUAACGUCGUUUUACCAAGAAUGUUGUCAAUCACUUGCACAAAUCUGGGAUGCUUCCCAAACUCAGAGCACUGUGGUGCCAAAGCGGCAGUUGCAAGAAAGUAUCACUCGCUUUGUCCUUUGGGGCUCGGGAUGGAGCGAAGGCCGCCUCGACUUCUGCCUCAAUGGUUCGGUUGAGCUACGAAACAACGUGAUAGAGCUUCUUUCAGGCCUUGCGAAAGCGCUUCUUCAAAUAUGCGAUUCCCAUCUCAGACAACCGAAACCCGUUACCCAAGAGCAUGUUCGUGCUCUUAUUGCCUUGAGAGAACAGGCGAGGCAAUUUUCGGUCCCAGUCGACAGUGACAGCGAAGCCUCUGACAGCGAAGCCUCUGACAGCGAAGCCUCCGACAGCGAAGCCUCCGACAGCGAAGCCUCUGACAGCGAAGCCAGCGAAGCCUCUGACAGCGAAGGCGAAGCCUCUGACAGCGAAGUCUGCCUCAGUGAUGAGGAAGCUUCCACAGCAGAGAUAUCUGUUCCAAGAUUGUGGCGUCGCGCAUUGGAAAACAUAGAAUUCCAUACAAAAUGCCUCAUGGAUCUUUUGCCAUCAAUGGAGCAGACCUACAAAAACGUAUGCGACCCGGGUCUACGUCUGGAUGAUGGAAGUGGAAAGGUCUCCUUUCGAGUCACCAAAGCUGCACGACCCUAUGUUUUGCAAGUUCAUGAUAAGUUCAGGAAUGCUAGUAUUUCUCUUGCCGAGCGUUUGGGAGAAGCCAAUUGGCAAAGAUUUAUGCGUGUUCGACAACGUAUGGCAGGUGGACUGCGUGCGAACGACUUGGAAGAUCUUCAUGUCGGUGCACGCUCUACAUGCUUUCCAGCAUCCAAAUUUCACGACUCUGGUCCGGGAAGCUCGCUCCGCCCAGAGUCUUCGCUUGCGCUGACGAAUGCCUCGCACUCGUCAUUCGUCUCCAACCUCUCAGAGAAAGAUGGUUCUCGCGCGCGAGUUCCUGCUACACCUAACGAAGUAGCAGAAGGCAUAUCAUUUGAGUGCUUCAUCUGUAGGCGUAUUUUGACAAAGAUCAAGAAUCGCAUUGAUUGGAAGAUACACGUGUUUGCAGACCUCCAACCAUAUAUCUGUACGUUUGACAGCUGUCGAAGCAUGCUUGUCACGUUCCCAAAUAGGAAAGCAUGGUCCGAACAUGAACUCACACAGCAUCGUACCCACCAGAGCUGGAGAUGUCGUUUGUGCGCAACCACGUUUACUAGCGAGACUAGCCUUGCAGAGCACUCGCAGCUAAAACAUGAGCUCCCACAGCAUUAUUGCAAGCUUCUUGCAGCAUCCUCGGUGGCGAAAUCAAUCGACCCUCUUCCAGUAACAGAUGAGCGGUGCCCUCUUUGUCUUCAAGAAGGAUGGCCAAGCCGGCGAAAAUUCGAAACGCAUGUUGGACGUCACCUUGAAGAGAUAGCGCUUUCAGUAUUACCAAGAGACGUGGAAAGUGACUCUGAUCAACAAAGUGAUGCCGAUGCAACAUCAGAGGUCAGCACUUGGUCUGCUCGUGAUGACAGGAUUUUGGAAAUGGCACGCACUACGAAGUUGAGCUUGGCAGAAAUCUGUGAAGACUACCUACCUCACAAAAGCGCGGUCAGUUGCCAGAGACGAACAUAUCCAUACGUCCUAGAAAUAAAGCAGUGGAAGAUAGCUCUCCGACUUCAAGUUCCCCACAAUGGGAACACAGCCAACGCCAAGCACCAUCACCCACACCAAGCCCCCGUUCAUGAAGAAGAGACUAUCAGAAUCUCUAAACUUGAUAAUACUCGUCGUGGUAAGGCUGAACGACAGCGAGCCCGUACUGCUGAAGAAGACUUCAGGAUUGAGCGCAAACGUCGUCGCUCGGUCCAGGAUAUCAACCGUGAACUGGCCGAAAGGUGA